AAAAACAAAAUUUGAUCAACAUGACAGCGCCAAGGAAUUUAUCCAAAUAUUUAAUGAUGGUCCGUCCAAAUUAUGAUAAUAAAAGAAAGGAGACAAACAGCAAGACAUCGCAAACGGACGAAGAGAAACAGCGCGAUCGUCAGCGCAGCGAAAGGGAAGCUAAAAAAGAAGAACAGGACGCGAUAAAUUACAAGAGAGACAAAGACGCCCGUGAAGCCCGUUUAUUGGAUUUUGAAAUACGACGGCAGCAGGAACGUGAAAAGAAAAAAGAAGAGCAGAAAAUUAUACAUCAACAGCAUCAGCAGUUGCGUGACCAACAACAUCAGCAGCAACAACAACAGCAGCAAAGCGGUGAAAGUCCACCCACAACCUCGAGUCUAGCUCAGCAGCAGCAACAGCAUCAACAAGAACAGCAGGAGGAACAAGAUCCGGAAAAGCAACAUCUUAUCGGUGGUAGUAGCAGUGCUCCAACACCGAUCAUACCCACACCACCAGAACGUGGUCUACCGCCAGCUUUUCGCAGUCGUUCCAUAGAACGUGAACAUCUUUACGAAAGGAAGCGGCAAUUGUCCACGGCCGAUACACACGACUAUAAAAAGCCGCUAAGUACGACACCAUCGCCACAGGCAAUAACUGGACCACCACCGCCUCCUACACCAUCAGCAGCGGUGGUGGCGGGCCCACCGGCAACAGCUGCAGCUGCCACAGCUGCUAUAAUCCCUAUUCUACCAUUAGGGGUUGCCACAUUACGUGAUGACUCCACCGAAUCAGAAGAACAGUCCAUGACAUGUACUCAUGGGCAUGCGGAGUCAUGUCAUCGCAUUAUAGUUUAUCCACCUAUUCCUACUCAUGUAGCUGAUUCAGGCUAUGAUUACCUGGUGAACUCGAAAGGUCUCUAG